AUGUCCAAGAAGAACCUUGUAGAGUCUGGUAGAGAGAGUAAAAAUUCAGAUUCCGAUGAGGAGGUCGAGACCGUCAAGACUGGUCCACAUCAAGGGAGUAAGGGUCCUUACCAUAACCUGAAGAUUGAUUACAGAGUAGAGAUUCCUGUUUAUGAUGGAAAAGUCCAAAGAGAUAAAGAAGCAAGUUCAGGAGCUUCUGGAGACGGGAGUGAUAGUGCCGAGUUGUUUGCCUUGCGGGUCGCCAGUGUUGUUAGUGCCCAAGAAGGAUGGAGGCUGGCACAUUUGGAAGCAGCGAGGUUCCUCACAAAGUUGGAUCUUAAGUCUGAUUACCAUCAAGUGAGGAUUCGAGAGGAUGACACUUGGAAGACUCUGUUCAAGAUCAAGCAAGGCCAAUUCGAGUGGUUGGUGAUGUCGUUCGGAUUAUGCAAUGCUCUAGCGACCUUCAUGAGGCUCAUGAAUGAUUUAUUAUGA